AUGACGACGACGACGACGCCGCCGCCGACGACGAAAAUAGUGACGACGCCGCCGCCGACGACGAAAAUAGUGACGACGACGACGACGACGCCGCCUGACGACGACGAAAAUAGUGACGACGACGAAAAUAGUGACGACGACGAAAAUAGUGACGACGACGAAAAUAGUGACGACGACGAAAAUAGUGACGACGACGAAAAUAGUGACGACGACGAAAAUAGUGACGACGACGAAAAUAGUGACGACGACGAAAAUAGUGACGACGACGAAAAUAGUGACGACGACGAAAAUAGUGACGACGACGAAAAUAGUGACGACGACGAAAAUAGUGACGACGACGAAAAUAGUGACGACGACGAAAAUAGUGACGACGACGAAAAUAGUGACGACGACGAAAAUAGUGACGACGACGAAAAUAGUGACGACGACGAAAAUAGUGACGACGACGAAAAUAGUGACGACGACGAAAAUAGUGACGACGACGACAAUAACAACGACGACGACAAUAACAACGACGACGACAAUAACAACGACGACGACAAUAACAACGACGACGACAAUAACAACGACGACGACAAUAACAACGACGACGACAAUAACAACGACGACGACAAUAACAACAACUUCGACAAUAACAACAACUUCGACAAUAACAACAACUUCGACAAUAACAACAACUUCGACAAUAACAACAACUUCGACAAUAACAACAACUUCGACAAUAACAACAACUUCGACAAUAACAACAACUUCGACAAUAACAACAACUUCGACAAUAACAACAACUUCGACAAUAACAACAACUUCGACAAUAACAACAACUUCGACAAUAACAACAACUUCGACAAUAACAACAACUUCGACAAUAACAACAACUUCGACAAUAACAACAACUUCGACAAUAACAACAACUUCGACAAUAACAACAACUGCGACAAUAACAACAACUGCGACAAUAACAACAACUGCGACGACGACCACUGA